AUGGAGGAGUCAGAGGAGUCUGAAAUUCGUCUUGCUGCCUUGUGUAAGAGACUAGGAGGACUGUGGUCGAAGAGGAAGAUUAAAGCAGUGGAUGAGGCGAUUUCUGCAGAAAAGAUAAAGGAAUGUCAGUUAUCUUUAAUCGGCCAACUCUACCAAAACCCUAAGAUAAACAUUCAGGCAUUUCAGAAUACAAUGCGUAGGGUUUGGAAAAUGGAGAAUGUGAAAAUAUCUCUGAUCGCCCCAGGCAUCUUUGAGUUUCGAUUCUGGUCGGAAACGGAUAGAGAUAAGGUUCUCGAGCAAGGCCCUUGGUCUUUUGUGAAUCAUCUACUCUUGCUCAAAUCGUGGGAGCCGGACACUCCUCCUGCUUGUUACAAUUUUAAGUCGUGCACGUUUUGGGUCCAUAUACAUGGAUUGCCGACAGAAUGGAUCUCCGAGAGUGUCAUAGAAAAAGUGGCAGAAGAAAUAGGUAUUGUUUCAGAUAUUAAAAUUGAAACCAGGGGGUAUACAGCCUACAAAGUAGGAAAGGCAAGAGUUUCUGUGGACAUCUCGGCUCCUCUUUUACCGGGAUCGAUGUUUAGCAAUAGGGGGAAGAAGUUGUGGCUGAACUUUAGGUAUGAAAGACUCCCUCACUAUUGUUAUUCAUGCGGAAGAUUGGGACAUUAUGCACAACAUUGUGGAGAAGUUCCUUUCACCGAAGACCGUUUUGCAAAUAGGAAAGAAUUACCCUUUGGUUCAUGGUUAAAGGCGGAGGCAAACGAAUUCAGCCCCUACUGGGAUCUAUUUUAUGGAAAGAAGAUAGAAGAACUAAUGGAAGAAGAUGUUAUACCUGAGACACCAGAGAAUUCAAGGCAGCUAGUGGUGUAUGAGGGUACUCCGGAGAUGGAAAGCAGCAGUAGUGCCGCCGCAAAGGGCAAGAAAGUCAUGAUGGAGGAAAUAAUUAGGGAAGACAUUGACAAGACAAUGCUGGAUCCUGCAUCAGAAUUGCAAGGUGGCACAGGGGUACUUUUAGGUUGUAACCAGCAAGGACCAUUGGUUGUCGAGAAACUGAAAAAAUGCAAAGGUCACAAGGCUAACAUGAGUAAGAAGCAGAAGAGCUCAAAUUCGGGCUUUGGUGGCUAG